AUGGGCUGGCCAUUGUCUGAUGAGUUGAGUGAUGCAAGUGGUUUGGCAGAGCCAAUUGAGUUUCCAGACCUGCCACGUGCCAGGAAAUACGCAGGCAACGCAAUUCAUGUGCCAACUUUCGGUGUACUCUUGCUCACCUGUUUGGCCUGUAUCCAAAUGGAUUCCAGUGCCAAGACGAGUCGUGGAGGAGAUUUGCAGCCACGUGCGAAGGCUUCGAGUAGUGAAAUGUUUUCCAGCCGGUGGCAACGUGUCGAAGACAUUUCAAUCGCUGAUCUCAGAACCCUGCUCUUCAUUUUCAACGAAGAACAGUGUGAGCAUGAGUUGAUCAAAGAUUAUGAGAAGGACGACCUCUUGCUGGUCUUCGAAUGCGCCACAGGUCCGGCAGAGAACACUGUGGAUCGCGGGUCGCAGUUGAGCAAGGACGACGAGGACGACGAGGAGGAUAAGGAGGAGUGCAUUGAUCGAAGUUUGAGCGACAUUAUCAAGAUCAUGGCGGCGAGAAGUGGGACUACUACAGGCGCGGCAGCCACAAACCUCACUCCACAGCUGAUGGCGACCCCUUCCGGAGAGCAGGCAUUGUAUUUGGGCAACAAGUCCAAGUGGUGUCCCUCGGGGAAGUGGACGCUUGAAGUUGAGCCGUCAGCAGGCCGUGGCGGGCCUGCGCCCGCCACGCCAAAUUCUGUGGCUUCAAUGCCGGAGUCCCUGGCGACUCGUCCGCCAUCCCCUGAACCGGAAGAGGAGGAGAUGGCUGACGCUGCUACUGUUGAUGAUUCGGAAGAGGCAAUGCCGCUCCAAUCACCGGCGCCUGCAUCGAUUUGGCAGUCCAGCACCGGUCGCUGGUACAUCAACCGUGCGGCAGACAAUGCCAGCCGCUGGCUUCCCAAGGUUGCUUCCGGAUCGCAGUGGGGUUUGGAGUUUGACACAGCUUCUGGCACCUGGUAUGUGGCAACAGCGGACGAAACCGUUGACAACUUGUGGGCUUCUUGGCUAGUCGUUGACGAUCUAUUUGCUUCUGGCGACGGACCCCCGGCGAAGAAGUUGAAGCAGGACAAUGACAAUACUACGACCUCUGUUGGGUCGCCAAGGGCCCCGUCCCUUGACUCAGAGAUGACAGAACACAAGGACAAGCAAAGCGGCCAAGAAGUCUGUCAACUCCAGAGACAGUUGGAGGAACAAGCAACCCUCAUUGCAAAGCUGCAGGAAUCGAUGGUCCAGCACAAUGCAGCAGCAGCAGCACCACCAGCACCAGCACCAUUGACGAGUGGUCCUACCAGCCCCCCCCCAUCAGCACCCCCGUCAAAACAUGAGCCAACAGGCAGCGGGAAAGCAGAGCCACUGACAGAGAAGCAGGCAGAUAAAGAACAAGACUUGGCAGGCCGCGUGCCAGUAGUCGUCCCUCCACAGGCCCCAGAUGAUGUAUCAGAAGACCCAGACUUAGGAGUCAAGGCCGAGGACAAGGCAGAAGACAAAAGCAACAAGGCAGACAACAGCAAGGAGGCAGCCACCAUCGCCAAGACAGCAGAAGCAGGAGAAAAAACAGCAGAAGAGUCCCAGACAGCAGCAAGCGCAGAAGUGGUCAGCUCAGAUCUCACAAAGACACCUGACAGCAGCGAAGUUCCAGCAAAAGCUGCCACAGCCACCCCAAAGCCGCCUGCCACUCCCACUAUGGAGUUGCAAAGCAUCCCCCCUGUCAGCCCAGCGAAAGGUGCCCCAUCAGUGCCACCCCCGCCUACAUCAGUGGGUAAGACUCCCGCACCACCGCCACCAAAAGGUGCAGACAUCACAUCGUUUAUGAAGGCCCCACAGCCACCCAAGGCCACUGCCAGCACUAAGCAGAAAGGACAACCACCAAAACGAGGAUUGGGGUUGGGGUCACGGUAG